CUCACUUGAACAACAAUCGCGCUUGGGACUCAGAUCUAAUGGCUACGUUUACUGCGCGCGCGUGGUCGCGCACGUAUGCUCUUCAUGGCACUGUCGCUGGUCCCUCCCGCUUCGCAGCUCGCCGGCCAGCGAGCACACAGGCUACGCCCACGCCUGUGGAUGGAUGGGAGCUUGUCGUUGGCCUGGAGAUCCACGCCCAGCUGCGUACUGGGCGCAAACUGUUCUCUCGCGCCCCGCUAAGCCAUGACGAGGACCCGAACACGAACGUCGCGCUCUUCGACGCCGCGUUCCCCGGCACUCUUCCGGUAAUCGAUCCCGAGGCUGUCAGGCUGUCGCUCCUUACUGCCAUGGCGCUGGAGUGCAAGAUUAACGCGCGCUCCACAUUCGAUCGCAAACAUUACUUCUACCAUGACAUCCCACCGAGCUAUCAGAUUACGCAGCACUACAACCCAAUUGCCCGUGAUGGAGUAGUACGCUUUCAGGCCGGCGAGGGUGGGGUGCAUCGCGCAUUCGACGUCGGGAUUAUACAGCUGCAGAUUGAGCAGGACACGGCCAAGAGCCAGACAGUCGGCGGGGAGGUGCUCGUUGACUUGAAUCGCGCUGGGACGGGGCUGAUGGAGAUUGUCACGAAGCCGCACAUGAGAUCCGCCGAGGAAGCCGGCGCAUUCGUCAGAAGGCUGCAGGGCUUGUUGCGUCGCGUAGGCUCGGGAGACGGUGACAUGGAGAAGGGGAACAUGCGCGUCGACGUCAACGUGUCGGUACGAAGGCCCGGCGAGGCUUUCGGCACGAGGUGUGAGAUCAAGAACAUCAACUCGGUCCGAUUCCUCCAGCAAGCUAUUGAAGCUGAACGUCGCCGGCACAUUGCACACUACGAAGAAAAUCCUGGUGUUCCCCUUAAACAGGAGACGCGCGGGUUGAACGAACUCACUGGCGAGACGUACAGUUUGAGGAGCAAGGAAGAGGCAGAGGACUACCGCUACAUGCCCGACUCCAACUUGCCAGCAUUAGCACUGGAGCAAGGCUACAUCCGUCAGUUGAAAGAACAAUUGCCAGAGAUGCCGUGGAGCACAGUUUCGCGGUUGUCUGAGACGUACGGCCUCGACAGGCGAGAUGUCGAGACAUUGGUACAUCUUGACGAGUACUCGGGUGCAGGCGUCGCCUUUUUCGAGGAGGUAGCCGGCGGCGACAAGCAGCUGGGUAAGAAGGUGUCGAACUGGAUUGUUCAUGAGCUGCUCGGGCAGUUGACGAAGGCGGACAAGCCGUGGUCUCCCAGUGUUGUGCCUGCUGCCCUUCUGCGAGACAUUGUCGUUGCUGUUGAAGGAGGAAGGAUCAACGGUACAACCGGCCGCAACGUGCUGAAGCAUGUCGUGGCGGAGGGCUCCUCGGGGCAAACCCUCGAGGGGCUGCUGCUGGAGCUCGGCCUCUUCCCAUCUGAGUCCCCUGCCGCCCUCUCCGACCUCUGUCAACAAGUGAUCACCAAGUUGCCCAAGGAGGCUGACAAGGUGCGCAAGGGCAACGAAAAGGUCGUCAUGCGGCUCGUCGGCGAGGUCAUGAAGAUGAGCAAAGGGACGGCCGACGCAAAGAUCGCACACUCUACGCUUCUGGAAAUGCUUCGUUCACCCCAGGAGUAGUAUUCAGGCACCAGUGGCGUUGGAUGGAGUUCCAUGAGGCGCUCGAUGGCAUCUCAGAAUGUAGAACUAGCACAUUGGCGUUGAGUCGGGAAGCGGAGCUGUCAGCUCAGCACGCUCCACAUGCAUGCAUAUCUUGGCAUUGG